CAGUGUGUACCGCUCGCGCAGUGUGCUCGCGCUCUGUGCUCGUGCUCUGUGCUCAGUGCUCGCGCAGGGCUUGUGUUCCCUGGGGCCACAGUGUUUUCAACGGGACUCCACACAACUUAUCCGGACCGGACUCGCCAUGGCCGUCGACCCGAGCUAAAGCAGCCCCCGGGCGCCUCUCCACCGCUCCCCCGCACACUUUGACGCACUUUUGGACAGUUACUUUUGUCUUUUGUUUGUAUGUCCAGAACUCAAGAUGCAGCCCCCACCGAGAAAGGUUCGGGUGACACAGGAGUUGAAGCAUGUGCACACCGAGCAGAUGAGCCGCCUGCAGCUCAAGCACCAGAGCGACUGUGAGCUGCUCGACGACCUCAGGACGUUCAGUCAGAAGCGGGCAGCCAUUGAGCGCGACUACGCCCAGGCACUCAACAAGCUGGCCAACCAGUAUUUGAAAAGAGAAUGGUCCGAGAGUGUGACCCAGGAACCAGCGGACCAUUGGAACAUGUUCUGUGUGUGGCGGGCCUAUCUGGAGGGAACAGUGCAGUUCACUCAGUCCAGAAUGAGCUUGUGUGACAACUACAAGGUGCAGGUGUCAGAUCCAGCCAAGAGCACCCGGCUACACAAGGAGCAGCAGCUCCGCAAGUGCAUGGAGCAGCUGACGGUUAUCCAGGCAGAGCUGCAGGAGUCUGUGAAGGAGCUGACCAAGAGCCGCAAAAAGUACCAGGAGGCCCAGAGCAUGGCCCAGGCUGUGAAGGACAAGGCAGAGCUGGAGGCCAAGUCCAAACUCAGCCUGUUUCAGUCUAGAUCCAGUCUUCAGAGAGCAAGCGUCAAGUUGAAAGCCAAAAGAAGUGAGUGCAACUCCAAAGCCACUCAUGCUCGAAACGACUACCUUCUCACGCUAGCUGCAGCUAACGCUCACCAGCAGCGCUACUAUCACACAGAUCUAAUGGACAGUAUUAAGGUGUUGGACGGAAAAAUCCAUGAUCAUGUUAAGGACUACCUGGUGUCACUGUGUCAGACUGAACUGGAGACGUACGAGGUGGCUCACAACACCUUUAAUCAGCUGUUAACGAGCUCCAAUGCCAUCUUGCAACAGUUUCACCAGAAACAGUUUGUUGAGAAAAACCCUGUGUUUCAACAAGCCUCGGACUUCCUCUAUCAGCCCAAUGACUCUGAUACGGUGAUGCAGCUGCAGAGGGAGAGUGGCACAGCAGAGGAGCACACCCUGGACAAAGAGGCGCGGAAGUGGUCCAGUCGUGUGGCCCGAGAAUACAAGAGCAUCAUCCAUACACAGAAGGCUUUGGAGGAGUAUGGGGGCCAGGAGAGCUCCGAGCAGCACCCAGAGCUGGAGACCAAGAUAGAGGUGGCCCGACAGAGUCUGAGGAGAGCAGAGACUGUGAAGGUUAAAGCGGAGGCUCGUCUGGACAUGCUUCGGGAGGCGGGGGUUGCCGUGGAAACGUGGCUGAAGAGUGCCAUGAACCAGGUGAUGGAGGAGCUGGAGAACGAGCGCUGGAACAAUUUGAGCACCGCUGACCCCUCGCUCUCUGGCACAGCUGACCUGGAGCGGGAGGAUGAGGAGGAGAUGGAGGACAGUGGAGAGGUGCUGGAUGACAGCAGCUCCAGCCCCUCCAGCACCCUAAGGAACUACCCCCUCACCUGCAAAGUCAUGUACUCAUACAAGGCCUCUCAGCCCGACGAGCUUACCAUAGAGGAGCACGAAAUCCUGGAGGUCAUUGAUGAUGGAGACAUGGAGGACUGGGUCAAGGCACGAAAGCGCAGUGGUCAGGUGGGCUACGUCCCAGAGAAGUACCUGCAGCUGCCAUCCUCUAACAGCCUGCUGAGCAUGCUACAGACUCUGGCCGCUCUCGAUGCCCGCUCACACUCCUCCAGCAACUCCACUGAGCCCGAAAUGGACCAGCACUCCACCUCUGUCAAUGGAGAUUCCAGCGUAUCUUUCGCCAAGGCCCUGUACGAUUACGCCGGGCAGACAGAAGAUGAGCUAUCCUUCCCAGAGGGCGCCAUCAUCCGCAUCCUGAGCCGAGAGACCCAUGAGGACGAUGGCUUCUGGGAGGGCGAGUUUAACGGUGUGGUAGGCGUGUUCCCCGCGGUGCUGGUGGAGGACCUGACGGCCUCCAGUGAGAACGGAGACAUGCAGAGGGAUACCAGUGCACAGGCACUCCCCUCAGUGCAGGGGCACAGUGAGCAGUCUCCUCGUAGCCCCUUGGUCCCAGGGCCCCUUCACAGCAGCCCCCUGCAGACCCCCACCCUGUCAUCUCCUCUGUCGAGCCCAUCCAGCACUUCUGCUUCCCCCAUUGGCCGGCCCCCAUCCUACCACAACGGCCACCACAGAGCCUCGCCCGCACCACUCAAAAGCCCCUAUCACAGCCCAGUCCAAGGCUCAACACAGCCACCCAAGUAUCCUGACACUGCCUCUGGAUCCAUUCGACCUGUGCGAGCGGCCCCUCCCCCUCCUAAACAGCAUCCUCGAGGUCAGGUGAAGAGGAGAGAGGAGGUGGAGAUCACUCUGGUGUGAGCUCACCCUGGAGCUGAGACCAGGAGCGACCAAGUGCCUUCCACGUCUCCCCCUGUACCCGCCCCCACGCCCAGCUUUGCCUUCUGCUCCUGAUACAGACAUAGGACUCUCUCACUGGGCUAACAUGUGUUAGUAGAACAUGUUGAAAUGUAGCUGUAUGUGGUAUUUGUAAAGGUGUGGCUGAUCUUUUCAUGAGAGAACUAAAUCUUCACCAACCAAGCACUAGCCAUCUGUCUGCCCACAGUCUCACCGUGGUUAUGACAGUGUAUGGUCAUAUUUUUUUAAAAUAAUUGCUUAUUAUCUCUAAGCCAUACCCAUUUAUUGAAUAUUUCAUUAUUAUAAUUAUGGAUGGGGAAACAAACUAGUUUGUCUCUUAUACUGUGAUGGGUGAUACACACUUAACAGUAGCUCAGUUAGUUCAGUGUUUAUCCACUGAUCCGAAGGUUGGCGGUUCCAAUACCACUCUCGACAUAAACAUCAUUAGUUCAGUGGUCAGAUCCACUGACCCACCGGUUGUCGGUGUGAUUCUAGCUCCUACAGCUUGUUGCAUCCUUGGCAAGACACCUACACUAGUAUGUGAUUGGCUGAGUGGUUCCUUGAUGUAAAGUGCUUUGAGCGCCUCGAAGGUGGAAGAGUGCUGUAUAAAAAUGUGACCAUUUGCACGUUAAAGUGAGCAGUUUACAAUUUACAUCUACCACACAGCCCGAUUUCAAAGAUUUCUACAUUUAAUAUUUGAUACUUGAUAUUUUAUAGAAGGGAAAAGUGGAUGACAAAAUGAUGAAAGGAUGAAAAGGAUCAAAUAAACCAUGACGAUAUAUAUAUAUACAUUAUAUUAAAGAGUUGUGGCAUUAAUCCGUGUGCCUCUUCCGUUGUUGAGCCUGACGCAGAAUGAUUAAAUAUUUUUAUGAUCAUAUCAAAUGUAAUAAGAAGCACAAUUGGGUUACUAUGCAACACAGUAAAUGAUUCUAUUUUCAAAAUGUUGAAUAACUACAUCACAAACUGAAGUCUCAUCUGGAUCAAACUGAGAGGCUGGUCCUCUCCUUAAGCGUGCACCAGUUUAACAAAGGGAAAAGUGGCAAUUUGACUAGUAAUUCUUGUGUGUCAGUAGGGAGAAUCUCCUACCUUAAAACGUUGGAUUGAAAUUGUUUUGUUUUUUUUUAGUUUAGUUGUGUCCCUAACACAUGUUGCUUCUUGUGAUAUUACUUUGCACCAGAGGCUGAGGAAUUGUUCCCUAUGUGAGGGGAUAAGUAUAGUAGUGCGUACUUGUACUAGUGUUUGGAUCUGUAGUGAUAUUGGAGGCUGUGUGUGAGAGAAGGCCUUCUAUAGGACUCAUCUGGAGCUGCUAUCCAACCUGAACUGUCACAGUUGAGCACUUUCUGAUGUCUGUUUCCUUUCAGUAUUGAGCUGUUGUGCAUUAUUUCUACAGUGUAUGUUUGACUUUUAGUUUACCAGCUGUAUUAUAUAAAUAAUAACUCAAACAGCUCGCCACUUAUUUAGCCUUAUAUUCAUUUUAGACAGAUGAUGAUGCAUUGUUUUUAAAAUAUUAGUUUACAGAGACCUUGGAGAUGGAUUUCUGAUAAACAGUAGUUUGCGUUUUAGAACUAGAAAUAAUCUAAGUGUAGUUUCCAUUACAAGGUUAUCGUCAGCCAUGUUGCUGUGUUUUCGUUGAUCUCCUUGAGAUCUAAAUGACAUCAAACUUAUUUUUGAAGUUUAUAUUUACCCUGUUGUAUUAAAAAAAUAUCUAGUUGUGAGACUAUAGUUUCCUCCCAACAGAGAUUUGAACUUGCUACUGGUCUUCUGUGCCCUCACUUUCAAUUAGUGUUCUGUCGGGUUUGGACAAACUCAUUUACAGCCAGUGCUUGUUAAACUGUAUUUAUUGUGUACAAUAAAUGUGAAAUAAAGAUAGUUUCAAUGAAA